AUGGACGCCAUAAUGAGCACUUCGAAUCAAUUCUUUUCCAAUUUAUUAACUCAUCACCAACUAGAUGUCGAGACUUCACGUGAUCAUUAUCAGCAACGAUAUCGAAUUCACGCUCUAGGAUUCGUUGUGGUCAUCAUGAUAAUGGCAUAUUACACAUACCCACUCAGCUCUAAAAGCCUACGUAAUACAUUCAUUUCUCACAAUACGACACAUGAUAUUUUAGAUCUGAACAAGGACUCGAAUUUUUCCGAAACAGCUUUUGUGUCUAUUGGAAUGGGCUGUCCAGAUUUUCAAACUGCUUAUAACAGUGCAGAAUCAGGAAGUUCUUUGCCAUUUCGGUCUUUCACUUUGUUCAAAGGCAGUGAGUAUGCUUUGGUGGAGCUUCACUUUACUAAACUCUGGUUGCCGAGUGCUGUCUCCGUUGUGCUUCGUGGUAUUGAAGGUUAUGAUAUCGAAGACCAUGUGCUCAAUCUUUCUUUAAUCUAUCCCAGUGGACCGAAUUACGAUCACGUGACCUCCCCACCAAUGUUCACAAAAGAGCUGCGAAUUGAGUUUUACCGCGAAAAUAAUAGCUUACACUCAAAAGAAAUAAACAAGUCUUUUGUCGACACGUUCAAACGGGAUUCGAAGUGUUUUGGAUUUGCAUUGGAUUUAUACGACUAUGUUUUGGACGAAAACAAUGAUCCGAUUAUCGCGACGGGCGCGUCAAUCUGCGCCACAGAUAAUACGGUCAACGCGAUAUGUUGUUACGCUGACAACACGACUCGAACUGCAUAUUUGGCUUCUCGGUCAGUGGCUCGUUUAAAGAUCUCAAAAGGAUUAAAUGAGUGGGCAUAUUGUACGGGCUGGAUGCUUGGGAAUAUGGGCCACAUUUUGACAAAUAAUCAUUGUGUGUCGACGAUAAUUGAAGCCAGCAGCACCAGUGUUGAGUUUAUGGUGGAGGAUCCGUUUUGUAGGGAUGACUUUGGCGAAUGUCCAGGUGACGUUAUUGCUUUGUCAACAGAACUUGUUCUUACGAGUGUAAAUUUAGAUUAUGCACUGCUCAAGAUUCCAAUAGAUGGAGCUAAAUGGGCACAGAAAUAUGGUUAUCUGCGACUUAAGACGCGAGCUGGAGUCGUAGGGGAACUUCUAUACAUUCCUCAGUAUCCUAAGGGUAGAAACAAACGUAUUGCCAUUGAAGAUGAUUAUGCAAAUAAAGUGGCUUUACUUAGCUUAAACGCUAGUGCAUGUGGCAUUGAAGGAUAUUCGUACAGUGGUGAUACCCAGACGGGAUCAUCUGGAUCACCUGUGAUUUCCCUAUCGGAUCACGGAGUGGUGGCACUUCACCAUUGUGGAAAAUUGUGUGCCAAUUCUGGCAUUCCAGCCACAGCUAUUGUCACUGAUUUAUAUUUGAAUGGUUUGGAUGUAGCAGACUUCGAUAUGAUCGACGAUGAAUCGACUUAUGGAGCUAACGCCGCACGAUUUGCAGAGUAUACACCAUCGAUUCCUGAGUUCGUGCAGCCAAAAAGCAUACGUUUGACCCUCGACGGUGCCAUCACCAUAGCAUCGGGGUCUGCAACGAUUGAUAUGGUCAAUUUUACACUAUUGAAAGACGCAGACAUUUCGUUUGCCGUAAUUUCCGUCGAGAUCGCUGACAAUGGAACAUUCAUUGACCUGAAUCACGACUGUCGUGCGACAUACUUGGAUUCGGUUCUUUAUCUGUUCUUCGAAAAUAGCUCCGUACCCAUAUUCUUCCUUGACGACUGUAACCUCAAUGAACACAUUGAAGGAGGGUCAGUCAGCUUUCGUGAUCCACACAAGCAGAUAUACCUCAAAAUGGGUUCGUAUGCGCUCGUAAUUGCAGCAACCGGAUCAAACCCUGAAGAUGUCUUUGCGAGAAAACAAAUAUUUAAUGAUAGUCUCGAAAUUUACUCCUGUCGUUCUCGGAGUUCGUAUGGUUCCUAUCGCCUUCAGAUAUCUAGCACUGUUGGUGACAAUCCUUUUAAGUUUACAAGUAUACCACCGACGGUCACAAUCAAUCCUAAGGAGUGUCAAAAAUCAGCUAAAGAGAUUUGUUUUGAUGUUGAAGACUAA